UAUUACUCUUUGAUGUCCGUGUGACUUCCGGAUAUAUCAAAACAAAUACUUUCAGUGGCGUUCGUCAUUUUUAGCGCCACUUGUCACCGCCAGACGCCACCCAGUGCGGCCCGAUCAUGUUUAAAUCGUGUUUUAUUUAUAUGUGCGGAUUAUUUUCGUUUUUAAUUCUCAUUCUGGGCAUCGCGUUGACAUUGUCUAGUGUUUUUCCCAAACUAGUGGACUCCGUGGCCGAAAAGGAAAUAGUGUUGAAGAAUGGCACUGAUGCCUUCGAUGCUUGGGCGGAUCCACCGGCACCGAUCUACAUGCAGUUUUAUUUUUUCAACCUGACCAAUCCAUUGGAGGUGCUGGAUGGAGACCGGCCUGCUGUGCUGGAGAUUGGACCAUACACUUACAGAGAGUACCGACCUAUGGAAGAAGUCACCUUUCAGGAUAAUGACACUAAAGUUGCAGCGGUCAACACCAAAACAUACAUAUUCCAACCUAACAUGUCACGGGGUCCGGAGAGUGACCUCAUCAGGACUGUCAGCAUCCCUGCCAUGACAGUGAUGGAGCGCUUCAAGGAUGACGCUCUUUUUGCCAACGUGAUCUCGUCGUACAUGAAGGAAAAACAAAUAGGCCUGUUCACCACUCGGACAGUGGGCGAGCUCCUGUGGAAAUACGAAGACCCUCUCCUGAAAUUCCUUAACACUUUCAAACCUGACAUAGAUCCGAAUUUUGGACUCUUCUAUAAGAGCAACGCCAGCAAUGACGGAGACUAUGUGUUCCUCACAGGCCAGCAGGACUACAAAGACUUUGCUCGAGUGGAUACUUGGAACAAUCAAAGCACACUGAAUUGGUGGACGUCUGAUGAGUGCAACAUGAUCAACGGAACCAACGGCGCCUCUUUCCAUCCUGUCGUCAAUAAGGAUGAAAUACUCUACAUGUUCUCCUCGGACCUGUGCAGGUCUAUGUACGCUGUGUUUGAGAAGGACGUGACGGUGAAACGAAUCCCCGGCUAUCGCUUCACUCCCCCCAGCCAGGUGUUCGCCAACUCCUCGGUGAACCCAUCCAACACGGGCUUCUGCGUCCCUGCCGGCAACUGCCUCGGCUCGGGCGUCCUUAACGUCGCGCCGUGCAAACAAGGUGCUCCCAUCAUCAUGUCCUCGCCGCACUUCUACCAGGGCGAUGAGAAAUUUGUGCAGGCAGUAUUCGGCAUGAGACCCAAGAAGGAGUAUCACCAAACCUUUAUCGAUAUCAAUCCGCUCACCGGAGUCGUCCUGCAAGCUGCCAAACGUCUCCAGGUCAACGUCUUUGUGGAGAAAAUGGACAGAUUCAGCCAAACAGGAAAUGUAAACUCAGUGAUCUUCCCUGUCCUCCACCUGAAUGAGAGCGUCGUCAUCGAUGAUUCAUCGGUGGCCAAGCUGAACGGCGUGCUGAUGGAGGAGAAUGUGCUGAUCAACAUUCCUUUCAUACUGAUGGGGAUUGGCAUCCUCCUGGGCGGAGUCUUCAUGCUGCUGGUGUGUCGCCACAAGAUGCCCGAGAGUACCCCUGCAGAACGGCAGCCGCUGCUUGCAUCGUAAACAGGAAGUGGCAGGCAGCACAGCGAUAUGUUUUCCCAUCGUACCUAACCCAAGUGUUCCGUGAAUCGGCAUCUUAUCAGGUUUGCUUUUGUGUUAUUCUCGGUCGACUCAACCGAGAACUACUGAACUAAUCGAACCUCCGUGCAAUCUUAAUGACGACGUGUAUUUUUAUUUUUUAACUUGAGCCUACUCACUUCUGCAAUGGAGACUUUUUACAGUCAAGUGUUAGAACUGCCACCCCACCAAGUGAGUGCUAGCCAUCAAACUGCGUUAAAAAAAAGUCUUUUUUAAUGCACAGAAAAUGGCAAGUGAACUACAGUUCAGUGAUCCUGGAAUAAUAAUAUUGCACACUAACAACAUAAAGGGAAGCUUUUGUUUGUUUGUUUUCCCCUAAUUCCAAAUCCCCAGUCCGCCCAAAUCCUGUUGAUGAAAUGUUACAACCAAUUUGGUUGUUGUUAACCUUUUCCUAGCUCACUGCUAGAAAUGCCGCUAGAAGUACUGCUAGAAAUUUCGCAUGACUUUUCACAGGGGUGUCAAACUCAUUUACGUCUCGUGCCGCAUAGUUUCCUUCGGAGAUUUGAAAAAGAUGAUUUUUAAAAGUGAACACAAUUUGCAAUUUUAAUAAUGACACGUGAAGUCGAUGCAUAAUUUGUUUUCGCGGUCCACAUAAAAUGAUGUGGCGGGCCAUAUCUGGCCCGGGGCCUUAGGUUUUCCACCCGCGUUCUAGUAGUAUUAGUAUCUUUUCAACUGGGCUGCAUGAAUGAAGUUACUGAAUAACACAAAUGAUAAAUAACCACUCGCAGCUGACAUCAUAGUGUUGUCGUGUUUUUUUGUGCAGUUAGUCGGAAAAGAGAAAUGUGUUUACACGCGGCUAUAUCAGCUCACUAGGUCCGCCUAUUAAAGAAUUGUAAAGCAGAGUUCAAUAAUAAAAUUGUUGUGCUUCACAAUAGUAUGCUGUCAAUCAAAUGUAUGCUUGUAAGUGUGCUUGUAGGAUUUUUGCCACAAAAAAGAAUCCGUUUUAUUGUUAUGAUAUACAUUUUUGCAGUUUAGCCUUGAUGGCUAAAGUGGAAUAAAGUGUGGUGACUUCUGCUUUCCUGAAAGUAAAAAUAAAUUUUUUUGUUUUCUGCGUA